AGAAGCUGCAAAUGAUAUAUCUAUUUUUCUAUAUCAAACGACAGCCACACACAGUCACACACGCGAGAAAAUAAAUUGAUCCUACUUACUCUACUAUUUCAUAUUGAAUUGCAUUUUAUUGUAUAUAUAUAUAUAUAUAUAUACAUAGGGUCGUUGCAAUAAACAACGCUAUUGAUGAGUUCUACCCACCAUAUCUGACUUUCAAAAGUACUGUCGCCAUAUAUAGUGAGGUGAACAUACAUUUCAGACCACAAGCAAGAAUAUUGUUUUGAGAUCAUUCCGAACACUGACAGCUACAUAUACAUAUAUAUUAAAAAUAACAAAAAUGUCAGGGUCCACAGCGCCCACAGCGCCCAAUUCACCCAUUAACUGGUUUCCACUAGUCUUUAUUAGCUCCUUCCACAUCGCUUUUCUCUAUGGCGCCAUAUAUUAUCCCGUUAAUAGAACGGGGGUUAUAUCAUGCCUGGUGAUGUAUCUAUUGACUGGACUAGCAGUCACGGUUGGCUACCAUCGCUUGUGGAGUCAUAGAUCAUAUUCAGCAAUUGCGCCAUGGCGACUUUGGUGGGCAUUCUGGGGCGCAGGCUCACUACAGGGAUCUGUUUUGUGGUGGAGCAAGUUGCACCGACUACAUCACUCAUUCCCAGAUACUCCUGCUGAUCCAUAUGGUCCCAUGUACGGAUUUUGGUACUCUCACUGUGGCUGGCUGCUACGGAGUCCGAACCGAAAGCAGUACCUCGAUAAGAUCAAUGUUAACGACUUGAAAGCGGACUGGGUGGUGGCGCUACAACAUAAGUUCUAUAUUCCGCUCAACUUCAGCGUGGCCUUCUUUGUGCCCCUAUUGGUCUGGAGAAAUGACCCCGUUCAAGCUUUCGUAUACGGUGGACUAUUUGCUCGUAUCUUAACAUGGCACUCGACCUGGUUCGUCAAUUCACUUGCGCACUGGCUGGGUUCAGACGAAUAUUCGAAUGAAACGUCGGCCAAGGACCACUUUUUGACGGCGUUGCUCACAUUCGGAGAAGGAAACCAUGGCUUUCAUCACGCAUUCAGUUUUAGCUACCAGAAUGGACUUAAGUGGUUUCAUUAUGACCCUACCAAGAGCAUCAUCUUGAUCGCGUCUUACUUUGGAAUUACUUACAAUCUGAAGCAUCCCACCGAUAAUGAAAUCCAAAAGGCCAGGUACCAAGUGAAAGAACGAAAGAUCAUAGGCAUGAAGCAGAGCAUUGUAUGGCCUGAUCCCGCGAGCUUUAAGAAUAUUAUUGCUCUGAAAGAUUAUGAAAAGGCGAAGGAGGCGGGCAACAUCUGGGUGACUAUGAAUGGAUUGGUCUACGACAUUUCAUCAUUUGUGUCUCAACAUCCCGGAGGCGAGAAGAUUCUUGCCGCGAUGGGCUCGAAAAAACCCGAAUAUAUCGAACACCAGUUUUCGUUCAAGCAUACGCACUCGAAAGCAGCGAGAAAUAUGCUGGAUAUGAUGAUUAUAGGAAGACUAGAAGGGGAAGAUUCUGAUAAACCUCUAGUGACGGAUGCAGAAAGAAGCCUAGGCGGACCUACUGUAACUGCGGCGUAACGAAGCACGCCUGCACCCACGUAGAACCGAGAUUCUGCACGUACAUAAAACUUAGACAACUACAUAUACAGAGCUGCAUUGAAAACGGAGCAGCAUGAUCUUGCAAGUAUAGAUCGUAUUCGAAAUUUAGGAAAUAAAAUUAACCUCUUUUAAUAGAAUUUUAAAUAUCAAACCAUGCUUAAAGUAGGGUUGUUUAUCAUAGCCUUCUGUUCUAUUUUCCGUAGGCUAUGUAUUUAUACAUAAUAAAAGAUGUAAAGGCACAAUACA